AUGUUAAACGAAAGCACACCGACCAUGAAAGAAGAUCUCAGCUCAUCUGCUACUAUAGACAUGAUGGAAACUAAGUCGUCAUUAAUCCCUUCCUCCACGCCCGCGUAUCAUAGUAGCGCAUAUCCUUUACAAUACAUAACUACGGGUCAUUAUGUAACAAUGAAGCCAUCAUCAUAUCCAAGCAUCAAUGCUGCGAGUGUAGUUGCGAAACCUUCACCCAACAAAAAACCGUCUUAUGGGAUAAUUUACACUACUCCAAAUAUUAUAUCACAAGACAAUAGACCCGGAUCAAUAAUACCCAAUUUAUCUACAUCUAAACCUAGUCAGUCUACUAGUCAAGCGAUUGAGGCAUUUAAUAGAUAUCCUACUGACCCAAGUGAAUUCGGUCAGACUGUAACAACUUUUAGUUAUGUAAGCUCAACUACAACAAAAACUACUCCAACAACCAGAAGACCGCCGUCAACUAGCUACGUAACAGGAGUAAAACCAUCCAGGAAACCAGUUACAAAUCCUGGGAAUGCUGUUUCUACUUACGACGCGGCCCCGGAUACCUUCUCAAGUGCUACACCAACUGUUAUUGUAUUAAAUAGCCCACAGACGGACAGACCUGAAUCGUCGGAAGAUAAAGAACCAGAAUUCGUUGAAAUAUCACAAGAGCCGUUCAAAAAACCUCUCAAUCAAAUAACGGUGAAUAAUCAUAUAGAAUCUACUAAUAAUAUUUUCGUUGGGAAACCAUCUCAGACAUUUGAACGUCCGGCAUCGCCUACUGUGGUUAUAACUCCUAAGCCUGCACCAAGUACUACUCCGUAUCCCAUUAAGUUAUCCACCAGACCAGUCCCAACUUCAACACCAGAUGUGUCAAGUUUUGACACUUACACCGAAUUAUAUUCUCCAACAACACUUAAACCGGAGCUACAGAUGUCACCCGAUGACUCAAUAAACUUCCCACCAGUGACAACAACUAAAAAGCCUAGACCUACCAAAAAGGCAACAACGACUACUAUAACCCCCAGCACUACAACCGAACUAUACGAUGACAUAACAACGGAAAGCUACACGGAACAGACGGUGAACUACGAUGACAGGCGCUUGUGCGGUGUACGGCCACUUGUGAAGUCAGGCCGCAUUGUCGGCGGCAAGAAUGCUUCCUUCGGCGACUGGCCGUGGCAGGUCCUCAUUAGAGAGUCUUCGUGGCUGGGUCUCUUCACUAAGAACAAAUGUGGCGGAGUGCUCAUUACCAAUCGCUUCGUCACUACUGCGGCCCAUUGUCAACCGGGCUUCAUGGGUUCGUUGGUAGCGGUUUUUGGUGAAAAUGACAUUUCGACAAACCUGGAGCCGAGGAGGCCUGUUGCGAAGAAUGUAAGAAGGGUCAUACCGCAUCCAAAGUAUGACGCAGCGACCUUUGAGAACGACUUGGCCUUGCUAGAACUGGAGUCUCCGAUAAAAUACGAACCGCAUAUUGUGCCCAUAUGUAUGCCGCCGGACGAGGCCGAUUUCACGAAUCGCAUGGCGACAGUAACUGGUUGGGGAAGGCUUAAGUAUGGAGGCGGAGUACCGGCUAUUCUUCAAGAAGUGCAGGUGCCUGUUAUGGAAAAUAGCCAUUGCCAAUACAUGUUCCAGACAGCAGGUCAUGCUAAGAAAAUUCUUGAUUCCUUCAUCUGCGCUGGGUACUCGAACGGGAAGAAGGAUUCCUGCGAGGGCGACAGUGGAGGUCCGUUAGUGGUAAAGAAUGAUGAUGGCCGAUGGGUGCUUGUGGGAACAGUGUCCCACGGCAUCAAAUGCGCCGCAAGAUUCUUGCCCGGCGUCUACAUGAGGACUACCUACUAUAAGCCCUGGUUUAGAAGCAUCACGGGAGUGAAA